CAGUCACAAGAUUAUCAGUGCUGUGCAGGGAAAGCCAAGAUCCUAAAAAAGCAUGAGGUCAAACACAUUCAAGGUCACAGUAGUGCCUCUAAGCUGUUGAGUGACACGUGACAACGUAGACAAAAACUUGAACGUUCCUGCCGAUGCAUAAGUAACUUUGAGUCAGGUACAAGGUGUACCCGAGGCACCGAGGCCUCCGAGACACAGCUACCUGGGUCACAGGGGUGUGCGCCCGGGUACGCCGAAGCGAAAGCGACACCGCGGCCGGUGCCGGGGAGCCCGCUCAGCGCGCAGGGUCCGGCCGUGGCGGUGUGCGGGUGGCCGUGCCCCGCCGGCCCGGCCCGGCGCGGCCCCGCUGGCGGCGGCCGCAGGUGCGGGCGCGGCCCGGGAGCGCGCACGCUGCCGGGCGGGGGGGUCGCCGCGUCCCCGGCGAGGGCGGCGGCCGCCCCUCUGCAGCGCGCUGCGGGCAGGACGCCUGCGCCGUGCGGGGGGGCGGGCGCCGCAUCCCAGCGCUCGGAGCGGCGGGCACGGGCGCAGGCAUGAGCGGAGCCUUCGCCGCGCCCCGCCGGACCUGAGCCGGGAGACAAAGGGGAGAAGCUGCCGCCAUGGGCGAGCAGCUCCGCGCCCAGCCCGCCGCCCCGGCGGGGCCGCCGCCCGCCGCCGCCUCCUGCUCGCUGCUCGGCGGGCUGCUGCAGAACGGCUUCCACCCCUCGGGCCCGCCGCUCAGCAACGGCGGCUGCGGGGAGCCGCCGCACCCGCUGCUGCUACGCCCGGAGCUGCCGCCGCUCAGCCACGGCUCCCCGGCCAAGAAAUGCAGGCUGCGCCGGAGGCUGGACUCGGGCCGGCGGCACAGGCCACCAUUCCCAUGGUUUGGAAUGGAUAUCGGUGGAACGUUGGUUAAACUGGUCUACUUUGAACCCAAGGACAUUACUGCAGAGGAGGAACAGGAGGAGGUGGAAAACCUGAAAAGCAUCAGGAAAUACUUGACCUCCAAUACAGCCUAUGGUAAAACUGGCAUCCGUGAUGUCCACCUGGAACUGAAAAAUUUGACUCUGUGUGGACGCAAAGGGAACCUGCACUUCAUCCGCUUUCCCAGCUGUGCCAUGCACCGCUUCAUACAGAUGGGGAGUGAGAAGAACUUCUCCAGUUUGCACACUACGCUCUGUGCCACGGGAGGCGGAGCGUACAAGUUUGAGGAGGACUUUAGAACGAUGGCUGAUCUACAGCUCUAUAAACUGGAUGAAUUGGACUGUUUGAUCCAGGGCCUCCUUUAUGUUGAUUCUGUUGGUUUCAAUGGCCAACCAGAGUGUUACUAUUUUGAAAAUCCUACAGAUCCUGAACAGUGCCAGAAAAAGCCUUACUGCCUUGAUAAUCCAUAUCCUAUGCUGCUGGUUAACAUAGGCUCAGGGGUCAGCAUCCUAGCUGUAUAUUCUAAGGACAAUUAUAAAAGAGUUACAGGAUCCAGCCUUGGAGGAGGAACGUUCCUGGGCCUGUGCUGUUUGCUCACUGGCUGCGAGACGUUUGAAGAAGCGCUGGAAAUGGCCGCGAAGGGAGACAGCACCAAUGUGGAUAAGCUGGUGAAAGAUAUUUAUGGAGGAGACUACGAGCGGUUUGGCCUUCAAGGAUCUGCUGUAGCGUCAAGCUUUGGUCAUAUGAUGAGUAAAGAGAAGAGAGAUUCCAUCAGUAAAGAGGACUUGGCCAGAGCUACUUUGGUCACCAUCACCAACAACAUAGGUUCUAUUGCUCGCAUGUGUGCAUUAAAUGAGAACAUCGACAAGGUGGUGUUUGUUGGCAACUUUCUCAGAAUUAAUAUGAUUUCUAUGAAGGUGCUAGCAUAUGCUAUGGAUUACUGGUCCAAGGGACAGCUAAAAGCUCUGUUUCUGGAACAUGAGGGUUAUUUCGGAGCUGUUGGGGCUCUUCUAGAAAUGCUUAAAAUGACAGAUGAUCAGUGAUGAAGCUGUCUGAAGAGAUUCCUACUGCAGAUGCUGCUGGGUAAGAGUGAAAGCCACUACAAGGAUGGAAAUGAAGCCAUUAUGGUAGUUCUACCUGCUGGAUUUGUAAAUAAUUUAAAAUCCUUUUACCUGACCUUUAAUUUCUGGGUUUUGACCUUAUACUUCAGAAUUCAUAAUGGGAAUUAAAAGGUUUUUUUCUGUACACUGUAUUUUUUAGGGGGAAAAUGUGCAAAGUGGCCAAACAUACAGAUUGUAUGGAUUUAUUUUAAAAAAUGGAUACUGUUUAAUGUAGAACCUGUGAUAUGAAGCAUCUGCUUUUCUUCUGGGGUUUACUGAUUAGUGUGGUAAUUUUAACUUCAUUUAGUAAUCACUCUAGGAGAUUUUUUUAUCUUAUUUUCAUGACGUUUCAUGAUUUGUUCUUGGUUUCAAAUGAAACUACAAAGCUGAUGCAUUUUACUGUGAAAACUAGUCACUGAUUUGUUUGCCUUUCCUUUCCUCAUUAGAUGAGACACUUUAAUAUCUCUCUGCCCCCGCACCCCCAAAAAUGAAUUUGCAAACCAUUCUGUGGCUAAAUGUGUUUCUUCAAAGGAACUGUGAGGAAGCUUAGUAACAGCAGGGAGUUUAAGAUUGUAAUUUUUCAGUAGUCAGGAAUUGCAACAGGAAGAGACUGUCAACUGGUUUUGUAGGGCUGAUUCUUCUCUAGAAUAAAAAUUUGAAAGAAGAUGUGAAGUAAAAUUUCAAUUAUUCAAUUGACACUAAAAUGAAAAUCUGUUUCUGAUUAAAACCUCUGAUCAACAUGAAGAGUUCUGUAGUAAAGAUGUUAUUCACACUUGGUAUUAGAUGGCAUAGAGAGAUUGUCUUCUGUUAUUUUUCUGUAGUCUGCAAGUUUUAACUUGUUCUUAAUUGAAAACAACUGAUAACAUUAAAAGCCCAAUUACUAAAAUUAGAAAAAUACUGACUGAAGUAUUUUCGGCUGUUAAACUAGUGUUAACUUUCCCUCCAGGACACUAAAAUUUCACUGUUUACUCCAAUAGAGUAUUUUCUACCUUUUCUGAUUUGUGGACCUCUCUAGAUUCUUUUUCCCAAGUUGAAUUGAGAUCCCUUUGCAAUCCAUGUUCUUAGGUUGCUGCAGAGCAUGUGUAAACUUGCUUUUCUUGGACACCUUGAGGGUUCACAAAUGAGAGGCUGAAAAACAGUUCCUAAAUUAUUUUGUCUUGCAAAACUGUAUGUGAUGUCACAUAAUAUAAAUGACUCAUCAAAGGGACAGUAUAAAAUUCAGGAUAUUUUUGGAAGGGGGUGUAUUUCACUUUUUAAAGUCAUUAACUUACAUAUCUCCCAAUUGUUGAAAGAUGGUAAUAUUGACUGAAGUGUUAACUUGUCUGAUGGAAAUAAAGACCACUACUGUUUGGACAGUUUUAAUGCAUCUGUGGAAUUCAUUUCUUGAAAGCAAUGAUGUGACACACAACACUUUUUUUGUGACAUACAUGACUUAUUCCCAUGAUAAUCAUUUGGUUCUUGACAUGUUUUUAAUAUUCAUAACAAAGCUUUAGUCUUUGAAGCCUUUUGCCUGCUUGAAGUUGACUUUGAAGGACUGUAAACAAAAAUAUGAUAUAAUAUUAGCAUGUAAUGUUAAUAUUAGCAUAUUAAUAUUAUCAUGAAGUUGAUAUUUUCUGUAAUAUUGAGCUUGAGAUAAGUGCAGAUGACUCUACUAAGUGUCUCUAUUUUUUUAAUAAAGAAAAGAAAACUUUGAUUAAGGUUAUUGGAUAAGUUUUGCCUAUGAAUAAAGAUUCACUUGUG